AUGCCACGAGCAGGCACACCGAAGGUAGAGAGGAUAAGUCCAGACCCAGACUGGGAUUGGUUUCUAUCUCAAAGAGGCAACUUUGGCAAAGGAACUUUCCGUGCAGACUAUCUACUUCGGCGUGUGUUCAUGGACUACCAGGACUGGAGUAUUCCGGAAUGUUGGCCGUAUGAGAUGGAUGGAACGAGAAGCGAAGAAAAAUAUUAUAAUAAGGAUCCGACUGUCCAGCAGUUGGGUCGCGUUGAUAAUGCCAAGGAAGACGAAAAUGUGAGCGAUAAAAAGGACAAACUGAAUGAUAAAGGAAUCAGAGAGGAUAAGGAGCGAGCAAGUAUGGACCCCGAAAAACAUGAUGAGAGGGACAAAGAUGACGACAACAUUAAAGAGCGCGGUAACAGGACUCGCAAACCAAGUGAUGAAAGUCAUGAGAAAGGCAACGAAGGCGAAAGCGAGAAAAGUGACAAGGAAGCCGAUGGUUACCAUGGGAUGGUGACUGCGAAGGCUUUGGACCUGAAUAUCCGCAGUUACAGGACUGAUGACUGGUUAGUCUACUGGUCUCAAGCUCUAUACGACCUCGAUCUUCCAGACAAGACACACGGAAUCAGUAUCGCCAGGUCAAUGGAGCUAGAUCACCCACAUAAAUGCCAUGCAUGUGCUCUGGUAGAUGUGAUAUUAUGUGGUCAUGAUUGCCCCUCGACUUCUGAGCUCAUUGCCUUGGUCAGCUGGGGGUUUAGAGGCAUGCUUCAUCAAUUAGAAUGGCUCACCAAGGGAAUUGAGCCAGAGGAUAUUCAUAUGCUCAAUGAAGUUUUCCCAACUAUGAUAAUAGUGUUCGACCAAAGAUGCUGUGCCCGUGUACUAUACGGUUACUUCGAUGAUAGAUUUCAAGUUCAAUUUACCCCGGUGUUGAAUUUCAAAGAAUUUACCGAGGUCAGCUCGUCAUCCUUGGAAGGCUACAUGGGCCAGAUUGAUAAGAAGAAGUACUACGACAUGAUGCACUCACUGCUUCGUUGGGCAUGGCCUCUUUGCCAUCACCUCACCACUAUCGCUAAGCCCUAA